AUGUCGUUCGGAGUGUCGAUUGGGGACUUCUUGAAGCUCUAUGAGUCUGGAAUGAGCGUGUAUAAGAAAUGUAGAGACUCGCCCGGCGAAUACAAAACCUUGACCAACGAAGCCCGCGCAUUGACAAACGUUUUGCAAGAUCUGGCGGACAAAGUGGAGCAGGGAACGAUACCAGAAUCUAAGCGCCCCCAACUACUAGCUGUAUACGAAGGAACCGUGGAGGUGCUCCAGGAGCUCGAUGCGACACUCACUAAAUAUGCAUCCUUGGACACAAAAAGCAAGAGAGCAUGGGAUAGACUCACAUGGGAUAGUGACCGAUCGAAGAAUAUGAGGGGAAAAUUGACAAGCAGCGUGGGCAUGCUGAAUGGGUUCUGGAACUCCCUAAUACAUGAUAACCAGCUCAUAAUAAUCGAAGCGCUUGGGAGACUGGAGAAAGACUAUGCUGGGGGCCACAGGGAGGAGAGCAGGGCUUCCGUUGAGAGACUAGCAUCUGCUUCAACUCGGCGUGGUGCAACUAUCAGCGACGAAUACUUAGACUCUCCGGACGACGAUGAUGAAGAGGACGAGGCGUGGCCACAGAUCAUCAGGGAUCUUGAAGACGUGGGAGUGAGCAAGCAAGACGCGAUAGAAUACCGGGACUUCAUCAUUGAUUGGUUCGUACGAGCUGUCAAUGAGGGCAGGCUUAUGGAGAAAUCCAUCGAAGAAGAGGAGAGUCCUGAUGCUGACAGCUUCACGCGUGACCUGCAACUAGCUCUUCCACCGGUUGGAGCUGGUGAUAAUCUCCAACGAAUGCCAAGCUGGGAAACUCCCUCUUUUCCUCCAAGAGUAACGGUAACAAGGAAGGCUGUUGGUGCCCCUCCAUCCCGUACAGCUACGCAACAAUCCUCCCAUCAAUCCAGUCCUUUUCUAGAGAACUCUUCAUCCUCAAGAACUAGCCCUUUGAUAGGUACAACCAGCCCUCGUCCCAGUACAGACUCACUUUAUAGUCCACCAGAGCGUGUGCCAUCUAGAGAAUGGGACCAACUGCCUGUCCCAGUCCAGAAUCCACAGCUUGGCUCACAGUCGUCACUCAACAUUCCAUCUGGAACCAACACGUUUCCAGGAACAGGCUCCUCAGCUGCCGAUCCACCACUAGCUGCACUUUACCAAGUGCCAUCAAUUGUGUUGCCGGAGAAUCAGUCGAGCUCAACGCCAAUGUUCUCGGCACAUGGGGGCGCUUAUUCACAGCCGCCCACCAUCGUUCAUCAAGCUGCAGUUCCUUCAGUAUCGCCAUCACCAUCUCAGAGCCCAGCGCGACCACCAAUUGCACCGCCCCCGGCAUAUGAUCAACUGCAAUCGACGCCGUCAUCGACUGAUUCCAACCUCAUAUGGACGGCGCAACUCAUCGUGACCUCUUGGAACGAUUGCGAAUAUGUUACGGCAGGAAAGCAUCUUGAAGACCAGCUAGCAGCUGUUCGGCGUGGUGAAUCCAUCAUGAUGCAACACCAGAUCGCUCAGCCAACAGCACGCUUGCUUAUGCAUCUAAUAGGAGUCAGCGCAUCAUUCAGCGGGAACUUUCUUAAGGCCAAAUCGUACUUCGAAGCCACAAUGCGUGGUCCCUACACGAAUGGUGCGAAUAUGGAUGAUGGAGAUAUUGCAGCUGCGCGCUGGCUGGGUGAUACUUGUCUGCAUCUCAAUGAGCCUGAAAAUGCUGGACUUGCGUGGGCAAUGGCUCUGGACGGCCUCCUCGUCCGUUAUGGCAUAACACGGCAUAUCACAAGGCGCGUGCUGGAAGAAUGUCGCAUUCUUGACUUACGGCUGAAAGGACUGACCAACCUGGCAAACUCAUUCUCCCGCUUCAACUUCGAUUCUUCAAACGUAUUCAAGACUACGUCGCAUAUGGAUAAAUCACGACUGGUGUCUUUUGCUCUUGACCGUAUACGAGAGAUCCAUGGGAGCCCCGGACCCUACAAUAGUAGUUAUCAAAAUUCUGCGGGAAUCAACAGGACCUUCCGACCUCGUCUUGAUUGGAAGGUCAGAGAGGGGUUUCUGAUCCAACCACUAAUCUCGCAGUCCUCGUGGCCACUACAGUAUGACCCCUUCUUUUCACCGUUUGAUGCUAUUGCGCUCCUGUGCCGCAUUUCAGCCAAUACCAUUUCACUUGACGGCACCAGUCAACAGUCUUUUGCUUACAACACCAUCCCCACGGUCGGAUUGGGCGGUUCCAAACACCUGGAUUAUGUAACACGGAGGGACCCACAAUGGCUCGUGUCUGCAAUGAUGGAUGGACUGAAGGCGUACGGCAUUGAAGCGAAAGAAAAGGGGAACAUGGUUUUCUGCCGGAUUUCGCAAGUGAGAUUCAAGUAUGCAUUCUUUGAAGCCAUCGGGAUCCGGGUCAAGAAGCUGCCGCUUAGGAGUGUCUAUGGCAUUAAAGUCACGGCGGUGUUGCAUGCGACACGAGGCAUGUGGAAGGGCCCGGCCCAUGUGAACAUGCUGGACUUCAACAAGGACUCAAGUGGUUUCCUGGACAUUGUGAAGAGCAUUCUAGAAAGGGCUGAGGACGAAGAGAAGAUGAAAGAGGUGGGAAUUACCGUGAGCGAGCCAUUUGAGGGCACAGCGUCAUACGGCAGCGUACACGUCAAGACAGGGGAAAAGAUCUCGUACGGCUAG